GACUAGAAGCUUCAAUCCUGGGCUCUCUAUGGCACACAAAACCAACUGGCCAGCGGUAAUAAGUAGAGAAAGACAGGGAUUGUGGACAGGGAUAGUAAAGCACAACGGGACACAAUUGGUAUGGUACGUAAACAAAAACCAAGUUGAGGUUUUCUGACUUCAAAUCUGCAGUCAAUCUAAGGAAAAGCAACAGGAUUCUCCCAUCAACAUGGGGUGUUCUCCAUCUAAAGGUCAACUCUUCAGCAAAAAAGCUUUGCUGCCUGGAUCACCGGAAAGCCAGAAAACUGCUGACCUACCCUCUGAUGGGGCACGACUGCAAAUCAAAUCAGAGAUAAACACUGCUUCAGAAGGUCUAGAGAUACAAGAAAAUGAAAAACACAUUCAAGGUAAGAGAUCCUCAGUCGAUGAUGUAGUUUGUGAUGCCACUGUGACAGUCGAAGAAAAUGCUUCUGAGAAGAUACUAGAUGUGGCCCGCUCUCGGGAUGAACAGAGUGCACAACAGGGCCUCUUAGAAAACCAGAAAGAAGGAAUAGAAGAUAUACGGACGAAAGAUAAGCAAGGAAAGCGGAGGAGGCAGAGGAAACAGAGACUGAGAAAAAAUUCCUAUGCGCAGUCAAAGGCACAGUUCAUACUGAAAGCCCACCAGGCAGCCUAUGCAUACCUGAACCCCAGCAUUUCCAAAUACGAGUCCCUUUUAGGGCUCGUGAGCCAGGCUGCUCAGACCCAUCUCUCCGUACAGACCGCAGUAGCUGCAGCAGUUGUGCACUACGAAGAGAUCAACCAGGCUUUGGAGGAAAUGGCCGCUGAGGGCGAGCAGCUGCUGAGGGAACAUGGACACAACAUGAAGUGGCCUGCUUUACUUAAAGACUAUCCCCCUACGACCAAACCAAGCAACGACCUGAACGAGCUUCCCUCCGAACUGCUGCAGCACAUGCUCCUUCGCUCCACGGUUCAGAUGAUCUCAGUGGGAGACUCUGUGAAGUGCCUAGGUGACGCAGCCUUACAGGAGCUAGCUGACUACGUUGGGUCCCUGUCUGAGGUCUUAGGAGAGAAGCUGCUGGCUAAGCAUGCGGCCGAGGAGCGCCUGAAGCAGGUUCUGUCCCGUGUGGAAGCUGCGGCCCUUAGGAAGCCCGGCCCAGAGGACUCUGCGCUGCACAGUGAGGACAGCGGCAUAGGGGCGGACAACGAGUGCCAGAACGGCUUCCGUCGGAAUAGAGGGAGCUCGGGAUCAGGAGCAAACGCUGGAAUGGUCUUUACCACCGGCUGCUCUCCAGAUCAGCAGCUCCUUAACGACAAUGAGGAAGGAACAGAUAAUGAUGAUGAUGAUGAAGAUGAGGAUGAUGAGGAUGCAGAACUUGAUGAUGACGUCAGUGAAAAAGAUGAGCUGAGGAGAUUGACCGACAAGACAAGGGGAACAGUGAGUAGUUAUUCUGAAGCAAACUCCAGCUUUCCCCCAGAUCAGGGUGGCGUUCAAAACCAAGAUCAAGUCAAGACCAGUAUCUUGAAAAGGAAAAUCAGACGGCCAAAAACCGCAGACAAUAACUUUCAGAUGAAACUAAAGCACCGCCAUGUACGACGACCAAAGCGCUCGCAAUCCGCAGAGUGCUUGUGUAGCAAAGCGGAAGAAUCAGAUCCUAAUGAGGAACAGGGUAACCCAAGGAACAUGCACUGGAGGAGAAAAAAUAAUCUCCCAGAUAAUCAUGGGAGUCGCGUAUGGACCAAGGCGGGAAGAGGUUCAUCUGUAGGACAGUGCUCAGCAAGGUACUACGGCCUCCAGUAUGGCAGCAAAGGGCCUUUCGGGGCAGUCCAAUCUAGCUCUCCUCCAAAGUUUACUCCAGAACCACCGGGGCGACAUGCUGUCAAGAGGCUCAUCAAUACGUUUAGCCAAGGGGUGGAGGAUAAUUCAAGUCCUGUAGACCAAAAAAUGGUGAGAGUUAGGGGCAACAAGAAAUGCUCUCUCCCACUGCUGCAGACUAGCAGAGAAGCACUUACCACCUAUAGGAACAUCAAGAGUAGCAUCCGCUCGCUUGAGCCCAGACCGGCUGACAAACCUGAGCAUCUGGAUAUAGACAGCCUCCCGCCUCCACCGCCAGAAAUGCUCAUGGACAACACAUUUGAAAGCAGCGUAGGGUUUCCCACUGAGGACCGGGCUCGUGAUUCACAGUGCAGAGGGCAGCGACUCCGCACUUUAACACAGAGAGAGACUGCUCCCAACAACAGGGCUACAAUGCAGAGAGCAACUACUCAGCCACUGAGGCAAGAUGAGGCUGAGACCGCAACUACACACUCGAAAGUUUUCCCCCCAACGACUCCCCCUGUCUCAAGGACACGGCUUCCACCCUCUUGUCCCACUCUGCACCACCCAGUGCCAAGCCCUCCAUCCACGAACUGCCCCCCUACUAGGAAGUGGACUCUGUCAAACACCUCCAGUGUUUCUGGCUCUCAAGCAUACUUUGAAGCCCGGGCUGUGUUCUCUCCUUCAAGUACAUCUACACUGCCUCGGCCCUGGGGUGAACCUGCCAGACCUCGCCUUCAAAACUCUUUCAUGGGACGCCGUCCGUCAGGUCAUAGGUCAUCGGGCAGUGAUGACUCACCUUCGACCAGUAGUGAGGGGACGCUGAGAGCGGAUCUGGAUACACACAGCCGGUUGCUGGACUAGGCCUUUCUCUCUACGCAGAUCUGGGACAUUUCAGGAAACAUUUCCUAAUAAACAUCUACACCACAAUGCUUAAAAAGCGCUUAGAAGUGUUAAAAUAACACUAUCUGUGUAUCUGUUUGACUCUGUUGAUCUCUUAUUUAAGUGUGUGUUUACCUCUCUGUUUAUAGCCUAAUCUUUCUGUCGGUUUUGAUACGUAACACAGAGGAAAGGCGUCUUAUAUUCUGUAAUACGGCUCCUGUCAUACUCUCUCCUCAUUUAUCAGGAGCUGUUAUUGAGACUUACUACUUAGAAAUUUCUAAUCCUAUCAUUUCACAGUGUGUCUCGUUCCUAAACUCUUACGAUUAUUUCGUGGUAAUUUGUGAUCUUAAGUGUGGAAGAUGCUGAGCCCUUCAGAUUUCUGCAUGAUCUUCUGUUUAAAUGUGAUGUGAUCUUCAUAAUAAAUCUGUAAACACACACACACACGUAUUCAGUAUCCAUCAUUAUUACCCGUGAGCCGCUUUACACUCGUUCUCCGAGAACUCAAAGAACUAUAGCAUAUUUGUCUUGUCUUUUAUUAAACAUUAAUGAAAUGUUUUAUAUUUUUUCUGAUGGUGCAAUGUUGUGUAAUAUGGCCCAUGCAAUGUCACAGGCCCUGUCAGGUGCAACCCUCAGGCUUUUCAGAAACUUUAGUUGGCUAAAGUUCACUUCAUUGUGUGCCCUUGUCCUGGCUAGAGCGGCAUUGUAACUGGUCAGGGAAUGGGGGCAUAAAACACCUGUCUCCAGGCAGAUCCUGUUGUAAUCACCUGUAUAAUGGAAAAUUUCAGUUCUGUUAGGAUAAGCAUACAUACAUGUAAGUGAGCUUGAUAUAUUUUUCCUUACCACGUUCAAAUAAUGUGAAUAAAUCUCUGAAAAUUAUUGAAUCAUG